AUGAGUGGCGAACAGGUGGAAAAUGAAUGGAAAACGAUUACAGAGGAUUUUCAGAAAAUUGAGGUAAGCAAAAUUUAAAAUUCGGAAGUUUAGGGAAAAUUCAAAUCAUUUUUUUACAAAAAAAUUGGUUCAGGAAAAAUAUUUUGAAUUGUUGUGUUGUUUUUAACAUUUCCUGAUUCCUGAUUUUUUGAUUUUCAGCAUUUUCUGAACAUUAUUUUUUACCUGAAUUUUGAAAAAGAAAAAAUUUGAUUCGGGAAUUGCCAAAACAUUUUUCACAAAAUUUUGGCACCAAAAAUUCCACUUUGAACAAAAUGUCACGUGGCAAAAUUUUUUUUACAAUUUUUUAGCUAAGAAAUUUGAUUCACAAUCAGGAAAUUCCUAAAAUAAAAUUUUUGUCUAAUUUCGUUCAUUUCCCAAAUUACCCUAACAGGUGAAAAAUAGGUUUCAAAAAUUUAAAAAGAAAAUAAUUUGGAUUGAAGGAAUGUUGCGACUAUGAUUUCUUCCAGAAAAUCCACGAUGAAUAUGUGCAAAAAAUGCGACAAAUGACAUCGAUUCAAGGAAAUGCUCAAAAAGCACUCAAACAUCACAGCUAUCUUAUGAAAAAUUUUCGAGAUUCGAUUAAAAAGUGAGAACUCUUCUCGAAUAUUUCUUCAAAAAAAUCGAAAUUUUAGAACGCAAAAUAAGUCGGAUUUGAGUCAGGAAGAGAUUGAGAAAAUCGACAAAAUCCGGCAAGAAGUUGAAGUUUCGAAUUUCAAAUUGAGAGAUAUGGAAGCUGAAUUACCUGCGCAGAAUAAUGGAUUUUAUUUGAAUUUAAUUCUUGGUCAGAUUUUCAAACUCGCAAUGGGAAUAUAUGUUUUCUAGUAGUUUUCGACUCUAUUCCGUUGAAAAAAACUAAAAAUCUCAACUCCUAAUAUGAAUUAUGACGUGGCAAAGUUAUAUUUUGUAAUUUUAAAAAAAUCAGAAAAAAAUACAGUGUAUUAUUUUUGAGUACAGACAACGUGAAAUUGAGAGAGGGCAGACAAAGUGGUUGAUUUUUCGAACAAAAAUGCAAAAAACUAAUUUUCUGUCUGUACACUCUCAAUUUCACGUUGUCUAUAAUCAAAAAAAAAUAAAAUUUUUCGACGUUUUUCUGCAUAGACCCAUAAAUAGUUAUAACCUCCUAAAAUCCCAAUUUUCCAACUUUGCCACGUCAUAACUCAUAUUAGGAGUUCAGAUUUGCAGUGUUUUCAACAGAAUCGUGAUCAGCGGGUUGAAAACUACUAGAAAAUAUAUAUUUCCUCAGAGAAAUCUAGAUUGCAAGUCCGAAAUUUUAAUCAAAAACCUAUUGUUUAUUCCAGGUUCAAAUUUGAAUGUAUCACUUCUGACAAAAUCCGAAAGAUUCAAAUACAAACAAGAAUAUGAAGAAUUCAAAUGGCGAAUCACAAUUCUCAUCACAGUUUUGACAUCAAUCUCAUAUUUAUGGCCAUUUCGAGUGUUGGAUUCGAUUCUGUGUUUUCUGAUGGUCUGGUAUUAUUGUACAUUAACAAUUCGCGAGUCGGUUUUACGUGUAAAUGGGUCGAAAAUCAAAGGAUGGUGGUUAACCCAUCAUUAUUUAUCAUGCGCUGUUCCUGGAAUGGUUUUGACGUGGAAAGAUGGACAAUGUUAUCAAGAAUUUCGACCAUUGUUCAUGUGUUUUGUGGUUUAUAUCAGUUUGGUUCAAUUGGCACAGGUUUGAUUAUUUGAAUCGGAAAAUUGGGGAAAUUUGAAAAAAAAACUAAUUUUUUAAAUUAAAAAGGUUAUAUUUAACAAAACUAGUAAAAACUUUAGCUAGAAUAUUUUCAUAGCUGAAAAUGAGAAUCUGAAUUUCAAAGUCUCUUCAAAAAUCUAGCUCUGGGAACUUUUGAGCCUGAAUUCUUUGUUAAUAAAAAUCUAGAAAUUACAGUAACCCUGGAAUUUCUUUAGCUCGAAAAGUGUCAAAGAAAAGCACCGGAAAAAUGCGUUUCAAAUUUUUCAUAAGAGAUUUUUUAUUUUGGAAUUUUUGAUAACUUAUUCACUCUUUCCUCAAAAAUCUACAGUAACCCAAAAUUUCUUCAGCCAGCUCAUUUUUAUGGCUGAAAAUGAGCCUGAGUUCUUUAUCACUAAAACAUCUAGAAAUUACAGUAACCCUGGAAUUUCUUUAGCUCGAAAAGUGCCAAACAAAAUCACCGGAAAAAUGCGUUUCAAAAUUUUCAUAAGAGAUUUUUUAUUUUGGAAUUUUUGAUAUUCUUUUCUGUAACCUAGAAAUCACAAAUUCAAAGUGACUUCAAAUUUCAGAUUUCUUUAACUAGAAUAUUUUUAUGGCUGAAAAUGAGAAUCUGAAUUAACUUUCGAAUCAUAAUUAAAUUGGGAUUUUUCAGCUUGAAAAAAAUUCUGGAAACUUUAUGAACAACAAAAUUUAAAUUCUGAAAAUGUUGAAAAUUAUAUUUUCUUUGAUUUUUCUGUCGAAAGUAUACAUAGUUUAUAAAAAUUAAUCUCCUGAAGCCUGUGAUUUAGCCUAAGUCAAAGGUUUGUCUAAGCCUAAGGUAAUGGUUUAGCCUAAGGCUAAGUUUAAAAAAUGAAAAAUAAUUUUUCACAUUUCCAGCCUAAUUUUCAAGCCCCUCCCGUUUCCCCAAUAAUAAUUUCCAGCUCAAUUCUUUCAGAAUCAAUACCAAUCUGGCUGCCUUCGCCGUCUUCAUGCCCUCGGCCAAGGCCAUCAAAUGGACAUCACAGUUGAAGGUUUCACAUCGUGGCAAUUCAAAGGACUCACCUUCCUUCUUCCAUUUUUGAUGAGUGGAUAUGUGAGUUUUUGGAAAAUUUUUGAAAAAAAUCAUUUUUUUUCUCAUUUUUAGAUUUUCCAACUUGUGCUAUCUUUCAAAUUAUUCGGCUGGAUUUCGGAGGAAAAAUGCGAAGGAUUGUGGCAGGUUUGUGGGGUUUUUUUGUUGAAAAAAAUCCACGUCAUAGUAACCCGCGCGGAAAGCUCGCGGAAAAAUUUUAUAUUUCAAAGUUUCAGAGUCAUUUGGAACAUGUAAGUCUUAAGUGAAAAAAUUAACAAUUUUUGUGACCUUAGGAAUAGCUAGGAAGUUUUUCAAAACAUUUUCAGUAUUUUCAAAAAAAAUCUGAAAUUUCCAGGUUUGGGCUCUCGCAGUGCUCCUCGGCAUAAUUGCGGCUGGAAACAUCAUCACAACAAGUUUUGUGUGCUUGAAGAAAUUCAAAACCACACCAUCCUACACGCAUAUCAGAACACUCACUAGAAAAUACAGUAGUCGUCAUCGUUUUGGUGGCGGAGCUGGAGCACAAAAUCAGCCAGAAGGUGAAAGAUCGAGAAGUGGAACUGGAAAUGCUUCCAAAGAACAUGAGCAAUGA